UUUUUCACCGUUUGCGGGAUUUGCAAACCGAGUUACAUGCAUGUCCAGUGGGGGCAGGUUUAAUUUUGACGAUGGAGGGUCCUACUGUGGAGGCUGGGAGGACGGCAAGGCGCACGGCCAUGGCGUCUGCACCGGCCCCAAGGGCCAAGGCGAAUACACCGGCUCGUGGAGCCACGGCUUCGAGGUGCUGGGCGUCUACACCUGGCCCAGCGGCAACACGUACCAGGGCACUUGGGCGCAGGGCAAGCGCCACGGCAUCGGCCUGGAGAGCAAGGGGAAGUGGGUGUACAAGGGCGAGUGGACGCACGGAUUUAAGGGGCGCUACGGGGUGCGGGAGUGCACGGGCAACGGGGCCAAGUACGAAGGGACCUGGAGCAACGGGCUGCAGGACGGCUACGGGACCGAGACCUACUCGGAUGGAGGGACCUACCAGGGCCAGUGGGCCGGCGGCAUGCGCCAGGGCUACGGUGUGCGGCAGAGCGUCCCCUACGGCAUGGCGGCCGUCAUCCGCUCGCCUCUGAGGACGUCCAUCAACUCCCUGCGCAGCGAGCACACCAACGGCGCCGCGCUGCACCCCGACGCGUCCCCGGCGGCCGGCAGCCCGGCCGUGUCCCGAGGCGGCUUCGUGCUCGUGGCGCACAGCGACUCCGACAGCCUCAAGAGCAAGAAGAAGGGGCUGUUCCGGCGCUCGCUGCUGAGCGGCCUGAAGCUGCGCAAGUCCGAGUCCAAGAGCAGCCUGGCCAGCCAGCGCAGCAAGCAGAGCUCGUUCCGCAGCGAGGCGGGCAUGAGCACCGUCAGCUCCACCGCCAGCGACAUCCACUCCACCAUCAGCCUGGGCGAGGGCGAGGCCGAGCUGGCCGUCAUCGAGGACGACAUCGACGCCACCACCACCGAGACCUACGUGGGCGAGUGGAAGAGUGACAAGCGCUCGGGCUUCGGCGUGAGCCAGCGCUCGGACGGGCUCAAGUACGAGGGCGAGUGGGCCGGCAACCGGCGGCACGGCUACGGCUGCAUGACCUUCCCCGACGGCACCAAGGAGGAGGGCAAGUACAAGCAGAACGUGCUGGUGAGCGGCAAGCGCAAGAACCUCAUCCCGCUGCGUGCCAGCAAGAUCCGCGAGAAGGUGGACCGGGCGGUGGAGGCCGCCGAGCGCGCCGCCACCAUCGCCAAGCAGAAGGCGGAGAUCGCGGCCUCCAGGACCUCGCACUCCCGGGCCAAGGCUGAGGCCGCCCUCACCGCAGCGCAGAAGGCCCAGGAGGAGGCGCGCAUCGCCAGGAUCACUGCCAAAGAGUUCUCCCCCUCCUUCCAGCACCGGGAAAACGGGCUCGAGUACCAGCGGCCGAAGCACCCGAUUUCCAGCAGUGACAUCGAGGUGGCCUCCACGGGGACGCCCCUGCAGCAGGAGAGCCCCGAGCUGUACCGCAAAGGCACCACCCCCUCGGACCUGACCCCCGACGACAGCCCCUUGCAGAGCUUCCCCGCCAGCCCCACGGCCACCCCGCCCCCGGCCCCUGCCUCACGGAACAAGGUUGCCCACUUCUCCCGGCAGGUCUCGGACGAGGAGCGAGGCGGGGACAUCCAGAUGCUCCUGGAGGGCCGGGGAGGGGACUAUGCCCGCAACAGCUGGGGCGAGGAGAAGGCCGGCAGCUCCAGGGGCGUCCGCGGCGGCGCCCUCCGCAGCGCUCCGCCCGCAGACGACUUCCGCUCCCGGGGCUCGGGCCACAGGCCGCCCGGCAACCCCAAGUCCCGGGAGCAGCGGACGGAGUCGCCCCCCACGUUCUCCUGGACUUCCCACCACCGGACCGGCAACCCCGGCUCCGCGGGCGCCAAGCUCCUGGAGCUGGAGGAGGAGAAGCUGAGCAACUACGAGAUGGAGAUGAAGCCCCUGCGCAGGAUGGACUCGUGAGCGCAGGAGGCGCACCCCCCGCGGAGGCGCUACAGCAAGGGGGGCGCCUGCCGGGGCCUGGGGGAGGACCGCCGCCCCGAGGAGCGGGGCUUCGGCGCCCAGAGACUGCGGCCCAAGCCCCAGAGCAGGGACGGCGCCAGGCCGGCCCCGUGCGCGGAGCCCGCGGUGCAGCGGCUGGAGAGCCUGCGGCGGGGGGAGCGGGCUGAGCCGCGGCUGCUGCGCUGGGACCUGGCCUUCUCCCCGCCGCAGAAGUCCUCCCCGGUGGCGCUGGAGUCGGACGAAGAGGACGCGGACGAGCUCAAAUCCAGCACGGGCUCGGCCCCCAUCCUGGUGGCCAUGGUGAUCUUGCUCAACAUCGGAGUCGCCAUCUUGUUUAUUAACUUUUUCAUCUGAUGAGACGUCGCGUGAGCGAAAACAGCAGUUGGUGUACAAACGGGGACGUUAAAAAAGACGACAAAAAGGGAAGGAUCAUAACUCGGACAGCCGACGACCGCUUCUGAGUCUUCUCACAGAACACAGUGACUGGGUAUUACUCACAGUUUGCCUUUUUUUCUGGGUAAUGUUUUUUGGAUUUUAGCCAAAACCCCUUGCUCGUGUAACACAAUGCUGUGUGGCACGCUGGGAGGAGGCCAGCACGCCGCCCCUCCAGCUUGGUGUGGACGGGAAAGGGGUCCCGGCAAAUCAACGGCCAAAAACUAAAAGGGUCACCGUCCUCGCCGCCAUCACACUCCGUCUGGGACUGGAAUUGGAGGCAGCCAGUGGAAGACCCCAGCGUGCCCAGCCGUGCCGCGAGGCUGAAUGCCGGAAGUCUGUUCCCUCUGCUGCUCCCCUGUGUCCUGGAACGGGGGGGGGGGGGGGGGGGGCAUCCCAGCAGCAGCAGCCGGGGUCUCUUUCCAGUUUGGAUCUGUGCUGUGUGCUUGAGGAAGCAGGGAUCUGCUGCUCCUCUUCCCCUGAAAACGCCCCUCUGUCCCCCACGGAGUCUGAGAGCAAGGUCCUCCCUCCCCACCCACUCCCCCUUUUCCCCAAACACCCAGGCAGCAGUGGUGCAGACAGGACAGAGGGCAGGGAACGCCACGGGGCCACUUAGCUGCCACGCCUGGCUCCGAGAGUGUGGCCUUUCUACACCUGGCAUGCAGUAUGUACCCAGGCUCCCCUGGCCCAUCAGACGUCCAUGGCAGUGAGCUGGCCCGCGGUGACAUCCUCCUCUCUCGCGGUCACUGGGCACGUGGGUUUUCGAUCCUUGUCCUGUGCCGGCCUCCACUUCCCCCACAGAUAUGCACACUCUUUCCAGAUGCCUCGUUCAUGCUCCGGAGCUGGUCUGGUCCCAGGACAGGAAUGUGGGUAAAACCCAGUGGCUUGAAAAUGCCUGAGCAAGCGCUGCCUGUCCAUCUCCCCCAAAACACACAACGUAACUGGUUUCAGUCAAUUCUGCCUUCUCCACCAGUGUUGCUCCACCGUCCAAACGAAAGAACAAGGUUCCAGAACGUUCAGGCGCCCCGUGGUCCUAGCGCUGGAGGGCCCUGGCCCGUGCGUAUGGGCGUGUCUAUGAGGCAUGGCCACGUCCAUACCCGGCCCCUGUGCUCGCGCCCGGGAUGGCCCUUCCCGUGAGCCUCCACAGCCGUCCUGGGCACAGCCCGGCUAUGGACUCUGCCUUGCUUUGCUUAUGUUUAGCUGUUUCUCUGCUACCUUUCAAGCAGAUUUCUUUACUACACUGCACUGGAUUGCUAUAUUUUUAACCAGAAAUAAACUAAAGAUUAGAGCAUGUUCCAGUUAAAUCCAGUUUUAUUUUUUCUGUUCUACAUUCACUCCCCAUUUCUUUUCACAGUUUGGCUUAGUUCGGGGUCGUUUUUGGGGCGUGGGGCAUAGGAGAGGGAGGAUCCGUAAGAAACGCGUUUCUGGGAACGUUACUUUCUAAAGGGAUGUUACAUCUUUUUGUACAUCUUACUUUCCGUUCUUUUUUAAUAACAAGUGGUUGCUACAGACCUGAAGAGAACCAAAUAAAGAUGCCUGCUCCUUGCAGCUCAGAA